AUGGAGUGUGAUAUUGAUAACCCAUACGAUAAUGACUCCAUGGAUGCUCAAGUUAGCAUUAAAGCUGGUGGAGAACUAAAGUUUGACAUGGGCAAUGAUGCACCCACCUUGACUGGUGCCAAAAUCUCUUUCACGAUUGACAUUAUAUUCCCUCACAACCAGAGAGUCCUGCCCGGCGGACAAGUUGUUUGGGCCAAAAACUGCUCGAUCAAUGGCACACAGUUUCAUGAAGGAGAGCCUGUCUAUCCUUAUUGUGUUUGGCAGAAAUACUGGCAGGUGUGCGAUGGCCCCUCCUCUUCACUUACUGUAAGCACUGAUGGUGUUCCAAUUGGGUCAUACGUUAUGGAUGUUGUCAUCUAUCACUACAGGAAGAGGGAUACAUUUAUUCCUAUUGGACAUGCCUCCACACAGUUCAGCAUCACUGACCAAAUUCCCUUUGCGUUUUCCCUGUCGCAGGUGAACGACAAAGACGAAGGAGAUCAAACAUUCAUUCAGAACAGAGCUGUGGCCUUUAUCAUCACCCUUCAUGAUCCUAGCCAAUACCUGAGCAAAUCAGAUGUGACCUAUAACUGGAACUUUGGGGAUGGCAGUGGCACCGUAAUCUCCAGGGAACUCACCGUCACACACACUUAUAUUUCAUCUGGUGCCUUCAAGCCCCAAGUAGUCAUUCAAGCAGUCAUUCCAGACCCAUUUUGUGCUACUCCACCAAACCCUCAAACUGAAGCCAAUCCUACAACCAAUGCCUUCACCUCUGAGAGCCACAUCCAAUCUAAUUGGGACAUCACAACAGAUCGUGCAGCCAAGAAGUCUUCAGAUCCCAUUGUAAAAUCAACACCUGCAUUUGCAAUUAAAAUUAUUCCAUCUGCACCUCCAAAUGAAGAUGUAGGCUUAGUUCAGAGGAUAGAAUUUACCCUUCCGAUGAGAUCCAGCCAGGAAGAGCAACCUUAUCCUAAUCCUAGAACAUCUCUAAAAAAUCCUGUGUCUGAUGUUGCAACUGAGUUAUCCAAAACUUUGACUACUAUGACAAAGACCACACAAAAGGCAACAACUGCAACAGACUCAAGGAUGUUGAAAAAAGACACCAUUCAAGACCUGGACGAUGUAGCAAUAAUGAAGCACCAGGCACCUGACAACUGUGUUAUUUACCGUUAUGUCUCCUUCUCAACUGAGAUUGAAAUUAUUGAGGGCAUUGAGAGUGUGCAGAUCGUCCAGGUGACCGUAGCUGAUGGUUUUAUGCUGUCGGAGAUGGACCAGAAUGCUGUUGAUUUCACAGUUACCUGUCAAGGAAGCCUCCCCACUGAGGUGUGCACUGUGGUGUCAGAUGCAGACUGCCAAAUGCCAGUUAGGACCUUCUGCAAUGCUGUUAGGCCCUCUACAGAAUUCCAACUCAUCCUUCGACACUUCUUUAAUGAUUCUGGGAUCUACUGUAUCAAUGUGUCCAUGACUAAUGAUGUCAGUUUGGCUGUCACGAAUGCCAGGGUUAAUAUUAACAUAGGUUCCAGAUUCACAUCUUCAGGUGCCAUUGUUAUGGUAUUGGGCAUCCUGACUGUUGCAUCGGUAAUGGGCUCUGUGGCUUUUGCAUAUAAGCAUCUCAAAGGGUAUCGAAAACUGACUGAGGUCUCUGCUCCGUGCCAAUCAGAUGGUGCUAUCAUGAGCUCUAUGGCAGCUCUCUUCUGGAGCCUGGUGAAUCGGCGGGCAUUGAGUCAGAAACAAGGCGAGGUGUGAAUUAAAAUUUCACUUUCAGACAAAUCAAACUUUCAGUAAUUAACAAAAAUUUCAAAUGAAUGUUACUUUGGCACUAUUUUACAUGUAUAGCUUAAGUAAAACAAAGAUACAUUUCAUUUUUGCCUUUUAAUUUUUUAAGUCAAUAUUUGAAUUGGCAUGUUGUAUUCUUGUUAUACUCACAUUUGACAAAGUAAUUUUUCUACAAAAACAAACUAAAGUUUAUCACAGCAUUUGCCUUAAUUUUUUUACUUUUUUUAAACUUAAAUUUAAAGAUGAAACCAGACAGUAAUUUGUGUCAGCAUGAUGUAUUCUCUAGUUGACACAGUUUGUGAACCUC